GAGACCCGUAGAAUCACCCCGUAGAAUCGUAGAGACUGGAGCCAUGAUCAAGUUGCUCAACGUGCUUUGGCUCUCAGGAGCAGCUGCCCUGGUGCCAACCCAAGUCCGUAUCAAGCAACCAUCAACAUGUGCGACUGACACGUGCUCCUGUGCGGACCUGGAAUCAAUCAACAUGGACACGGGUGCGAUUCUCGUCUCCAAUGACACUCAGAUUCAUGCAGUGAAGUAUUGGCCAGAGCCAGUCGGAUAUCAAGAAGUCUUUGCCGACCGAAGUCGAGAUCCAUAUAACCACAACUAUCAGGACAUACAUUCAAGAGACCUGCCGGUGAUCCGCAACGAACUUGGGGCAAACACUCUGCUUCUGGCACCUUGGAGCUUUAAGCAUCGAAGCCACGCACAGUUCUUGGCCAAGGCAGCGGAGAACGAACUUCGAGUCAUUCCUUCCUUUGAUCUGACUUGGUAUUGGAAAGAUGGAGCAUGGACCUUGCCUGCAACUCACAAAACUCUGGAGAAGGACUUCCACGACUUCCUUCAAUAUUCAGCAGCAGUUUCCGAAGAAAAGCUUUCUACACCCAAUACCAUUCUCAUGUGGAACUUGGUUGGCUUGCCGUCUCCCAGUUCGUUACUCCCAGUUUCAUGCGUUGCUGGAGCAAAGACUGACGUCUCGAACUUCCGCAACUGCAUUUCAUCAAAUGGUGACCUGUUGGACACACUCGUGUCUGUGCAGACACUGCAGGAGAUCCUUCAAACCAUCCGAGAAACCCAGCAGAAGUUCCACUGUGAAGAUGCACAUCCUGGUUGUGAUGCUCGUGAUGAUGUGUCAGCUUUCAAAUUUGAUAGACCUUUGGCAUUGACCUUGGAGCUAGGACCGGAGUUCUUUCUCUCUGUACCAGCAAUCGAUGAGUAUCUCCAAGCUCUUGUCUUUUGGCUUGAGCGAGUUUUGGGCUGCCAUCCGAUUGCAGUUGGGCAAGUACAAGUACCAACAACCUUGGAGGAGAUGGCGCAGUCCUGCAGCUUCAAUGGCCAUGGACUCUUCGACGCAUGGGUUCUCAAGGUUCAUGCAGUUGCUGAUGAUGUCGAAGCGCGAGCCAUUCGUCGCAUCAAAGAGCUCUUCGGCCAGCCCAAGCAAAGCACUUCGAAUUCGGCUUCUGGCAGCAUAGCUUUGUCUGAGGUCUCUGGAAGUGUCAAAGUGGUGAUUUUUGAGUUUGGCUUUCCAGCUUACGUUCAGGGCUCCAUUCAACCAGACAAGCAACACCGAGCUUUGUACGAAGUAUGGUAUGGUGGCAAUAGCACUCCGUCGCAAGGUUUGAAGGAUGCUCGCAAUUCUGGCUUCUGUAUUCAGGGCGCAAUCAUCGAUGAGUGGCUGGACGUUUGGAGUGCGGAUGAGGAAUAUGAGAAUUGCAACGCGGAGCUGAAGUCGAAAUUUGGCCAUUCUAGCUGUGGCCCGAUGACAGAUGCAGGGAUGUUGGCAGUGGCAUACCAGGGCCUCGUUGGCCAGUUCCACACCUUUGGGCAACAUUGUAUCCAGAAGCGUUUUGAAACAGUGGAUCCAGCAGCUCGAUUUCGAUUUGACCAGGCGCCUGCUGCUGACUACAUUGCACCGUCCACUUGCUCUGCAGUUCUGAUGAAGCGUGGAGUCACCUUGAUCGUCUUCUACGUGGCUUGUAGUCUUUUUGUUCUAGUUGGGCUGAGCUCUUUGUGUUUGCUGGUGUGCAAAAGGACAAGGCCUUUAGGGCAAGAUGGAAAGACUCCUCAAAACUGCUACAACUUGGAACAGCUCAUGCAAAGCAGCUCUUCCCGCAAGAUCCUGGAGGACAUUUCUUCUAUGCCAUACGGGAAGCUUUUGGCAAGCAAGGUCGCAGAAGCUUUGGAAGACGGAUUGGAGAUUCCUAUCCAAUACAGUCAUUUGAAGGGGUACUGUGGUUGGGGCAUUGCCAAAGUGAACGGCUCAUUCUCCUACCAUCGUUUGCAGUACAACGGCCGCGGACGAGGUGCCUCUGCCGAGACAUGGGAAACUUCUCAGGCCUUCAUCCGUUGGCUCCAGGAACAAUCAGAUCGCUCAAUGGCAGUCUAUGGGUUUACAGAUGCAGAGCUCAGGCGCACAGAGCUCAUUGGGAACCGGACAGUUACCCGAAAACAACUCUUGGAAGCUUUAGAUGCUGCUGGUAGCUUUCAAGAUGCAGAGCACGUGACUGGAGAAGCUCAAACUACUGUGGAAUUCCUUGGGAUGAAAGUUGGCAUUUCUGUGAGUCUCUCAUUCACGGCCAACCCACUAUUUCUAAGCAGUGUGAUCGAAGAAAGCUUGUUCACGUCGGGUGAUGACAGCGACAUGAAAGCAUGGCUUAGCAGUACCGGAACGAGCAUGAGGCACUUUCUGGCGCUUCUCGUCAACACCCACCUGCAAGUCCAGGCGGAUCGUUUGAGGCGUCAAAUGGAGCACGAAGUUGAAGCUGCAGCUGCUGAAGAGCAGCGACGUCAAGUUCCAGAGUUGGUGGAUCAGGUUUCAAUUCGCAGGCGAGCUUGCUACAAUAUUUGGCACCGAGUCUUGGAAGGCUAUCACGCUUGGGAAGCAAUGCUUGGGCAGCGAACAUCUCCUAAGUUUGAGGAGGCUGAGGUGGAGCGAUAUUUUGUCGAAGCCCUGAUAUCACGCCUGUCAGGGUCUAUGGCUGAGCAUUUGAUUCACUCCCCUGAAUGGCUUUCGUGCGUUCACCGCAAAGUGAUCCAGACCCUUGAAAAAUCAGAGGAUUCGUAUGGCAACCAAUCCUUUUCAUGUCAUAUGGACUAUGCGGACAUUUGCUUGCCACUGGAAGUCUUCUGUCGCAACUCCAAUAUUUUUGCACCAAAGCAAGGCAUCAACUUUGACGACAUCAAUGACUGCGGACUCUUGUCUCUCGAAGGACCCAAGCUACAGAGGGUGCAAAAGACAUGGAGAGAGCCUGUCGGCCUUUGGGUUGCCUUCCAUUUUGUAGUGAACUACAAAUGGGUUUUGACCAUUGCCCUGUGGCUCUUGUGGUGCGCAGUGCUUUUGCAUGAUAGCAAAGCAUUUGAAGACUGGGUUGGCUUGAGCAGCCGAGAGCCAACCUUGACACGAUUUACCGCAUACAGCCUGGCUUUUAUCGAUUCCCUUUGGCUUUGUUUCUUGAUGAUUUGCGAAGUCUUUGUCAGUGAUUCUCCCACACGGGCAAGCAUUGGCCGAGUAAAUUGCAAUCGUUGCCUUCGCUUUCUUCGGGCUUGCAGAGUUUUCCCGACCCUCUUGCUGGCAGUUGCGUGGGCCUGGAUUUCCUGGCCAGAAGUGGUUCUAGAUGUGCUGGAAAGGUGCAAUGUUGAUGUUUCCCAGAUCAAUGUGUUGCCAAAAGACUUUGCAGCUACCAUAUGGUAUGCUCCUGUGGUGUGGAUUGCAUUGCGCUUUGCGUAUGGCAUCACUCCUCGUUUCAAGGCCACCAAUGCCUUCCAAUUGCUUCAUAUGGCCUACUGGAAGAGGAUUGCUUUGUUCUGGGCCACUUUUGGUGCCUUUUGCUUCUUGUGCAACUACUCCAUGCUGGUUUCACUAGUGCGAUCACUGACUCCUUACCAACUUUGCGCCGUGAAUGACAACGAUGAGGACUUUUGCAGCACAUACACCGUGAAGAUUCUUGACAAUGACAUUCUUGUGAAGGAUGUGCGCUGUAUAGCUUGCAUGGCAACUGUCAUUGUGGCCUGGACUUUGGUGAUAUUGAGCAGCCUGCUGAUGAUGUACUUCAUCUUCAAUGUCUACGUGGCCAUUGUAGGGAGCUCUGUGGGUGCCGCUCGUGGUUUUGUGGAGACCAGCAUUCCAUCUCUCGAGUUCCGAGUGGAAACGGUGACUUCUGACUUUGGACAAAUGAGAAAAGCAGAGGCAAAUUGGAUGACGCAUGGUUCAAUCCUCAAUGCUGUCUUCGGCAAAGAUUGGCAACGAGUCUGGGAGAUGAUGGUCGAUGGCCUUUAUGAUGAGUGUUUGAUCGAUGGCAAAAUGCGGAACAAUCUGUUGACAGCUGCCAAGACAGGCGGAUCUGUCAAACUGUCCGCAAAGGACACCCACAUGCUCGAUCGUGCCAGAGCGAGACUAGGCUACUUGUUUACUAGUCUGAGAUGCAUCCUGGGUGACAGCAAUAUCAAUUUCAAGCCAUAUGUGCCAACUGCUGAUGGAUCGUGUGAUGCCUUGGGAAUCACUCACAAGGGAUGGAUUCCUUCCUUGACUCAGAUUGUUCCAGUCUAUAGUGAAGAGGGCAUCAUGGACAUCAAAGAGCUUGUGGGAGAGCCUAAAGCGGGAGCAGUCUCAACGAUGCUGGAGUUUUUGAUCUCUCAGCUACCACAGGAAUGGGAAAUUUUUGCUCAGAAUCAGGGCAUGCACCCAACUGAACUCUAUGAGGAGAUUGUGCGAGGUGCAUCAAAAGCACAACAGGAUAAGGUUCGGGAGUGGGCCUCCCACCGGGCUCAAAGUGUGAUUCGUACAGUCAAUGGAGCAGUGCACUACCAUAGAGCGUUGAAAGUCUUGCUAACAAGAGAAGAGUCCAAGGAAUCCAAAGAAGCUAGAGCGAUUGGUUUUGAGGACAUUCGCCAGCAUGCUCAGCUGAUCAUGGCUCAUCAGACCUACGGCAAGCUCAGCUUGGGAAAGUCUCAACAAGUGAAGAUUCAGCAUGGUGUGAUCACGUCGCCAGGACCUCAUGGCCUUCGAGUGAAUGAUCGAGUGCGUUUGACCUUGGAUUCUUUGAAUGCAGAAGAUGCUGUGGCCAAACGAGCAAUCGACAAGAUUUGGAAGAGUCGUGCCAUGGCAAAGCUGAAACAAAGGGCCAAGACUCAACAAGAAGUUGACGCUAUUCUCAGUGAUGGAGUCCAAGUGCAAGCUCUUGUUGAAGCAGCCAUGUCAGAGCCCAUGGAAGCUGACAUGCGUGACAUGGUGGCAAAAGUUUCGACAGAUCAAAGCAAAGGCAGCAGUGAUGGAUCUGGUAGCCAAGGCACGAGCUCCAUGGCCAGACAUCCGGCACUUUUAGGACGUUUGUGGGGCCAGGCUCAAGUCAAAGGCUUGCAAGGAUUUCGCUCGGGCCGUUUCUACACCGUCCAGGAAGUUGUGGAUGAAAGCACAGCCAUUUUGACAGACACCUCAGUAAAUUGCGGUACAGCGCGUUUGGAGAAGGCUGAACUUACAAAGCGUGAACAUGAUGUGCACUACAUGCUGGCAAAGCAUGGUGGUUGUCCAUUCUUUGUUUGCAUCGACUUUCAAAGAGGGAAAAGCCAUCCACGACUUGAAGAGAUGAUUGAUGCUCAUGUCAAGGUCGGUUGCUCGGGCGGAGAUCCAGAAACCUGGACAGACAUCCGCUUCAAGCACGCAAGUGUUCUCAUCAAACAUCGCGAUGCUGAGAGUGGUACAACUGAUCAGUCCUGGCCAAUCGAGAUAGUACACGUCCUGCCACGUGCCCGUGGCCUUCUGAUUGGUUCAGUCGGGAAUUUGACACAGGGCAAGGCCGGAAAUCAGCUUGGUGCACUUCGAUUUGCGGAAGGGCAUUUUGUUCAGAUGAUGGACGCAAACAUGGGAUGCUAUUCAGGCGAAACCUUCAAGGUGCCAGUUGUGCUUCAGGGUUUCCAUCGUUCGUCAAUCACUGAGGGUGACUAUGACCAUCGGUUGAAGCUGCAAGCCCGCAUCAUCGGCUUCAGAGAGCACAUUUUUACCAGGGAACAUGGCCUCGUCGGUCAGAUCAUGGCGGACGCGGAGUGGACCUUUGGCACCUUGGUGCAGCGGCUCUUGGAGUUCUUGACGGUUCGCAUGCAUUAUGGACAUCCGGAUUUCAUGGACGGUUUUUGGGCCGCCAACAGAGGUUCCGUCUCAAAGGCAUCUCCUCAUAUCAACCUCUCAGAGGACAUCUUUGCCGGCUUGAAUGUGAAAACAAGACAUGAACAAUCCGUCCACACAGAUUACUUAGAAUGGGAGAAAGGCAGAGAGGUUCAGUUUCUUGCAGGCUCAGGCUUCUUUUGGAAGAUUGCUAGUGGAUCAGUGGGCUUGCUAAGAACAAGAGACUUGAGGGCCCUUUGUGGCAAUGCAUCUGUGAUGGAGACCUUUGCUCUGUACUUUGCGACUGUGGCCUGGUACAUCCACAACGUUGUGGUGGACAUCAGUACUGAGGUCUUCCUUUUGAUCUUCAUUUACUUGACAUUGGCGUCAAAAUCCAUUACAGACUUGGGUGAGCUAGGCUCGAUGCUCGCAGCCGAAUGGUUUCUAACUCCAGCCUUUAGUGCGAUGCUGCCAGCCAUUAUAGGCCUUGGGAUCGAGUAUGGACCUUUCUGGAUGUUCAAGAACUAUCUUCUCACAGCUCCCAUGUCGAUGAUUUACUUCAUUUUUAUCAACAAGGCUAUGUCAUCUUCAGUGAGAACUACGUUUCUUGCCAAUACAGCAGAGUAUGUGAAUACAGGAAGACCUCAUGCCAACAAGAGCUACACUUUGAUGGAUGCCUUCCUUGCUUAUUGGAACUCGCACUAUCGGCCAGCCUUGCAGAUCCUCUAUUGCAUUGUUUUGUAUCGAGCUUUGAACAACGACGGAGCUUUGCCCAUGUUCUUGGUGUCCUUCACAGCGUUUGUCUGGAUAUUGGCACCCAUCCUGUUCCAGCCACCAACGAAAGCUGUCUAUGAGCAGGUCCGCGAAUUGGUGAGUUUCAUUGCGAAGUCUCCAAAUAUCAAUGAUCGUAUAGCUUCCGGUAAGGCUAGUUCUCUGUACGAAGCUGCGCUUGAACAAGAGCUCAAGCAGGCCAAUCGAUCCUUGGCACUUCCAAUGCUUUCCAGCAUCUUGACUUGCAUUUUGUACCUCUUCAUGACCUCCUCCAACAUUUUCGAUCAAACCUGGGCACCACUCUGCGGAAUGUUCAUCCUCUUCCUCUUCAGAUCCGUGGUUCGCUUUUCUGGAAUCAAAUCAGCUGGCAUGAUCGUGAUUGCCAUCCCCUGCCUCUCAUUGUUCGUGGUCUUUGUGUCUACAUUCAUUGUGGAAAAUCCUGACUUUGGCUCCCUGCUUGUGGCAACUAUGAUACUUAUUCGGUUCCUGAUCACCGCCAAGUUCCUGAUUUGGUCCUUCUUCGCGUUUGUCUUGCCGAGAGGGAGCCCUCUCGGAUACGAGCAAGUGGUCCGCUUCACCUUUGACUUUCUCUGCAUCUACGAAUGGCACUUCUUUGGGGCACUUGUGGUGCUUGUGUUGCAGGCAAUCUUUGCUAGCCUACUUUGGUUGCUUGAUCGACCACCUUUGCGACUGCGUACUGGGCUCCUCUUGAACAAGAGAGUCUCCAAAGGAUGCGUGCGCAAAAUCUUCGGUGCACCAGACCGUGAGGAGGAGGAGGAAUGCCAUACUGUGAAAGUAUGCUGAAAUGCGAAUUCUGAAUUGGUGACGUUGAUAAUGGGACGUCUAGAGAUUUUGGGCAUUCAGCCUCAGCUUGUCCUUUGCGAAGCUUUGGCUGUUUGCGUUUGUAAAGGUUGCAUGCGGGCAAGUAUAUGGUUGGCGUUGUCUCCAAAUUUGAAGACCAUUUUGGAUUCGACCCUGACUAAAAGCUGCAAUUAGACACUGGGUCGUGACCUAUAGUGCAUGUACAGCUCGUCCGGACCAAGAAUGCUAUAGAUACAUGGCAGCUAGGCCUGAUGCAACAAGAGGCACCAUCCCAGCCGCCCAAGUGCUUCGUCGAUUGUGAACGCGACUGCUUCGAAACGAGGCUGCGAAAGAUUCAGAUGUAUCCGAAUUGAAUGAACAAACAGGUGAGCAGAGCACAUGUCUACUUCGACACCUAAAAAGAAGUGUUGCUCGAGUUCUCUUUUUGCAU